GUUGCUGAAAAACCGCGGGUUUUCGAUAUUUUCCUAUUUUCUGGUGAAAAAGAUUUGCUCGAAAUCCGACUACGUACACUGAAGGACGUUGUGGACAAAUUCGUUAUUCUUGAGGGCACCGAAUCGUUCCAAGGUGAACCCAAGAAACUCAUCUAUCCCUCCAUCCAAGAUCAGCCACCGUUCGCAUCUUUCCGAGACAAGAUUCAAUAUAGAGUGGUUGACACGAAAACUGGCGGGUAUUCAUACAGGAGGAAUCUAUAA